GUUCUGAUAUAUCAUAUAUUACUAUAUUUUUCGUUUAUUUUUAACUUUUGAAAAACAAGACAGAAGUCAUUGAAAUGCCGGUGAGUAAAAUACAACCGAGGUAUGCAGCUGCAGAUGGGCAGUUUCUUAACAUAAAUGUACAUUAAACGCAUUAAACCCUUAACCUGUCCAUUUGUUUACAUGGUUCGCACAGGCAUUUCACUCGGAAAUAGAGGAUUUCCAAGCCUCGGUGGGGAAUAUGGCCCUUCUACCACUACGUACCCAAGUCCGAGGACCAGCGCCCACUGUUGAUAUUCCCAACGACAUCAUCGAUGAGUCACUCUACUUCUGGAAAUCGAACAUUUUCUUCCGCACUUACGAAGUUAAGUCGGAGGUGGACAGGGUGCUCAUCUACAUAACGCUCUACAUCACGGAAUGUUUGAAGCGAUUGGCCCGAUGCACAAGCAAAUCGCAGGGUCAGCAGGAGCUCUAUACGCUGGCCAUCUCGCGGUUCGAUAUACCCGGAGAUGCGGGAUUUCCGCUGAACGGAAUAUACACCAAGCCCGAGGAUCCGGAGCUGAUGCGUCAGUACUUCCUGCAGUUGCGCCAGGAAACCGGAAACAGAUUGCUGGAAAAGGUCUUUGAUACUCCGGAUGGAAAGCCGAGCAAGUGGUGGAUAUGCUUUGCCAAGAAGAAGUUCAUGGAGAAGAGUCUUUCGGGACCGGGAAUGUAAAAGACUCACUAAUAUACUGCCGAUCUUAGAGUAUUUACCACCAAAAUUUACGAAUAAACUGCUUUGAAUGU